AUGAAAUUCAAAGUGCAAUUACGUCUCUUAACGCCAAUAAACACUCCGGCAAAGAUGGUUUUAAUGAAGCGAUUAGCGCAGUGGUCCAGGGGUGAAGGGUAUAAUGAGGGUGUGAGGGAGUCCAACAAAAAGGUGAAUGAAGACUUUAAGAGUGAGGUAAGUGGAAUAUUAAGCAAUGAUGCUGUUGCAGGUGACGCCAAGCUAAUUGGACAAGCUGAAGUAUCGAUUAAGCAGAAGUUGGGAGAAUGCAAGGGUUUUGCUAGAACGUUUAAUGACACACUAAAUAUCACUAUAGAAGCAACUAAAAAUGCAAUUAAUGACUUAGAUCCUACAUUAGCACAUAGAGUCACGAACGCUAUACGAAGCGUUAAGCAUGAGAUCGACAGGCUGAGGGCCUUGUCGGACAAGGAAAAAGAAGAGUUGACAGAGACGAAGGCUAAGCUUAGUGAAGCGAUUAACGCGCUGAAAGCAGGCGCACGUGAAAAAAUCGAAGCAAAAGUUAAUGAGCUUGUAAAGGCUCUGAAAGAUGCAGUUACUGAAAUAUUUAAAAAACUCGACGACAUCAAUGAUAAGUUGGCACAGUAUGUCAUCGCGUUGAAUGAGUGGGCACAGCAGGCCGGUAAGGACAUCGACGCGGCGGAAGCAACGGCGAAUGAGAUUGUCAACAAGAAUGUCGGCAAGCAGCAACAGGAUGCGAUUGCAGCAAAAGCGGAGCAGUUGAAGGGCUUGAAGAAUAUGUUUGAUGAGUAUAUUAGAGAGGUGACGGAGAAGGCUGAAGAUGUUAAUUUGAAGGUUAAGGAGCUCUGCCAACAGUUUCCUAAGGACGCCCGCGGUGGAGUACCACAGGAACCAAACAAAGUAUUCAUGACGUUUUCGAGCAUAUUCACGCUCAGGUUGCGCAAAUUAAGGGAAGCCGGGGAGUUCACUUUAUCUGGGUUUUGA